AUGCCUCUAAUUCUAAUAACCGGACAUCCAUCAAGUGGAAAAUCGACAAUUUGUCAGCGGCUUGUGGAAAAAUUCCGGGAAAAUGAAAAAAAUCUGGAUGUUUUGGUGAUUCGAGACGAGGAUUUCGGCACGUUUUCAAGAAAUUCCUAUGAAUCGGCGGCUAAGGUGAGGGAUUUUCUGGAAUUUUCAGCCUGAAAAUCAGAAAUUCUGUAAUUUUUGAGCUGAACUUAGCCUAAGUUUGUCUAAAAAAUCCUCCAAAAAAUUCCAGGAAAAGGAUGUGCGCUCGUGGAUUCGUGGACAAAUUCAGCAGAAUUUGACCAAAAAUCGGAUAGUGAUUUGUGAUGCGCUCAACUAUAUCAAAGGCUAUCGCUACGAGCUUUUUCUGGCCGCCAAAAUGUCCAAAACCACAUAUUGUGUUGUUCAAGUUACGCCAAGUCUCGAAAUUUGCGAAUGGCUCAAUGAGCAAAAACCGGAGGAGAAGCUGAAAUACGGGCCCGAGCAAAUCGGGCCGAUUAUUCAGCGAUAUGAGAGGCCUGAUACGAAAUUCCGGUGGGAGAAGCCGCUUUUUGAGGUGAAAAUUGGAAAAGCUGAGAGGUAGGGGUUCAGAAUUUGGUAUUUUUUGAGCCUAAAUAAGGCUAGGCCUAAAAAUUUGGGAUUUUUUGAGCCUAGGCCUGAAAAUUCUGGAUUUUUCGAGUCUAAAUAAGGCUAGGCCUAAAAUUUGGGAUUUUUUGAGGCUAGAUAAGGCUAUGCCUAAAAAUUUGGACUAGAUAAAGCUAGGCUUUAAAAUUUGGCUUUUUUUGAGUCUGGACAAGGUUAGGCCUGAAACUUUGGGAUUUUUUAAACGUAAUCAAGGAUAGGCUUUAAAAUUUGGCUUUUUUUGAGCCUAAAUAAGGCUAGGCCUAAAAAAUUGGGAUUUUUUGAGCCUAGGCCUGAAAACUUGGGAUUUUUUGAGCCUAAAUAAGGCUAGACCUGAAAAUUUCGGAUUUUGUGAGUCUAGAUAAUCCUAGGCCUGAAAAUUUGGGAUUUUUUGAGCCUAAAUACGGCUAGCCCUGAAAAUUUGGCUUUUUGUGAGCCUAGAUAAGGCUAGGCCUAAAACUUGGCCUUUUUUGAGCCUAGAAAAAUCUAGGCCUAAAAAUUUCAUUUAAAAAUAGGGCGUGGCCUAAUUCUGCAACCCUGGCACGGUUUUUUUCUCCAGAAAAAUCGAAGGAGAUCUAGAUGAUAUGGAUAUGGAAAUUGAUUUGGAACAUCCGGCGCCAAAAUUCGCCGACAUUUUUGAAGACGAAAUUGUGGAUUGGGUUUUGAAUGUGAGUUUUUUUUCGAAAAAUUAGAGUUUUGGACGAUUUUUGACCCAAGAAACUGAAAAAUUGGACUUUUUUUAGUCCGAAAACUUCAAAUUCUGGAAUUUAUGGGGAAAAAUUUAUAACCUGAGCAAUCGUUGGGAUUUUCGCAAUUAAACCAUUGCUCAGAUUUUACUUUUCUCUAUUCAAAAUUCCUUAACCUGAGCAAUGCUAGUUCAAAAUCAAUUUUUGGGCUUUCUAGGCCUAAAAAUCAUGGAUUUUUUGGCCCAGAAAAGCCUCAUGAUCUGCCACGUGGCCCAAAAACUGAAAAAUUUGGACUUUUUUAGUCCGAAAACUUCAAAUUCUGGAUUUUUUGAGUAAAAAUUAUAACCUGAGCAAUGGUUCGUAUUUUUUAAGUUGAACCAUUGCUCAGAUUCUACUUUUUGGCUAUUUAAAAUCAAUUUUGUUCAAAUUUUUACAUUUUCAGACCUAAAAGGCCGAUUUUGGGCUUUCCAGGCCUAAAAAUCAUCCAGAUUUUUCGGCCUAGGAUCUGCCACGUGGCGAUUUUGUUGACCCAACAUUUUUCCAGGGCACCCAGCUCACCGAAAAUCAAUCAACCCAACUCGUCCCCCUCGCCCCCACCAACUUUCUCCACGAACUCGAUCGGACCACCCAAGAAGUGAUUACGGUACUCCUCGCCGCUCAACGAACCGCCACACGUGGCCAACAGAUUACAGUACCCACCGGCGGUACAGUAACCCAUUUGAAAGCGCGAAGUUUGCCCGAAUUCACGCGUUUUCGACAUCAAUUCAUGACGAUCGCCAAAAAAUCGCCGAUUUCCGAUAGAAAAUUGAUUUCUGAGAUGUUUUGCGAUUUUUUGAACUCCAAUUUGAGAUAA